AGUUAUCUGUGGUGCAAGUGUAUUUAUGGUGCAUCUUGUAUUAUUAUUGUCUGUACUAUAUUAAUUUAUUAUUGAUAAUUAUUACUUGAUUAUAUUAAUUGUUGAAUAACUAAAUGAAUAGCAGAGGUGUAUUAUAUAUUUAACUCUACCAUGGCAUUUUUAGAGUGGCGAAAAUUUAACUUUUUUGAUUUAAAAGCCAACGUAGAUGAUGGUCGAAUAGCAAGUUUAUACAAGGAGUGUGAUAUAACAGUGGCUACUAGUGGAAACAAUCAAGCCGUUCUUGGCGAUUCAUGUGGCCAAAUUCAUAUAAUAACACGAUUUUGGCAAGUCACUACUUUUAGAGCUUAUGAAUUUAAAGUUUCUUUAGCUAAGCAGUUAAGAAGUUCACCCCUUUUAGUGACAGUUGGUGAUGAUGAUGUAGGAAUUAAUCCUUUAAUUAAGGUAUGGAAUACAACUCGUUUUGACAAAAAUGGCAUUCCAUAUUGUUGUCGAGUUUCAAGAGCAAUUCCUGGUGUUAAUCCUGUUGCAGUAACUACAUUGUGUGUACAUGAAGAACUUCAACUAAUGGCCAUUGGUUUCAUGGAUGGAUCUUUGAAUUUAUACAGGGGAGAGAUAACUCGCGAUCGUGGAAGUAAACAGAAAGUUUUUCGUGUGGCGAGCUGUGCCAUUACAGGGCUUGCAUUUCAAGCUUUAGGUCCAGCAGUAUUUUUAUUUGUAGCAACAGAAUCAUCAGUUUAUAUGUACAACAUAACACAUAAAGAUAAAGAACAUAAAAUUUCUUUAGAUAAUAUGGGCUGUGCUAAAAAUUGCAGUGUCCUAGCUGUGUAUGAGAAUUUGUUUAUGAUAGGAAGAAAUAACGCAAUAUAUUGCUAUACAAUUGAUGGUAAAGGUCCAUGUUAUGCUGUAGAUGGUGAAAAAGUUCUUUUAGAAUGGUUUCGUAACUAUUUAGUGAUCGUUUCUACAACAAAUCGUCCCAUAACUCAAGCUGUUGCCGGUAGUUCUUCACAGCCGACAUCACAAGGUCACUUAAUAACUGUUCUGGAUAUACACAACAAAUUUAUCGUCUUCUCAUCUGUAAUGGAAAAGGUCAGGACUGUAUUCAGUGAAUGGGGUUCAUUCUAUAUUAUAGACUACAAUAACAACGUUUAUCAUUUAGACGAAAAAGAUUUGCAAUCCAAACUUGCACUUCUGUUUAAAAAAAAUCUUUAUGAUUUAGCUAUUAGAAUCGCCAAAUCCCAACAAUACGAUUCGUAUGGUCUUGUUGACAUAUAUAGGCAGUAUGGUGAUCAUUUGUACGCCAAAGGGGGGUAUGAGGCUGCAAUUGAACAAUAUAUUAAGACAAUAGGUCGUUUGGAACCGAGUUAUGUCAUUCGUAAAUUUUUGGACUCACAACAUAUUGAAUACCUCACAACUUACCUGCAGGCUUUGCACAAACAGGGCCAAGCACCAGAAGAUCAUACAACACUUUUGUUAAACUGUUAUACAAAAUUAAAUAACACAGACAGUCUUAAGGAAUUUAUUCUUACUAAGGAUAAUGAUCUCGAUUUUGAUGUAGAAAUUGCUAUAAAGGUGUGUAGGUACGGGAGCCCCGAGGAGGCUUUAAUGCUGGCAAAGAAGCAUGCCAAGCACGAUUGGUACAUAAAAAUACAGAUUGAAGAUCAUGAAAAGUACAUAGAAGCACUGCAGUAUAUUUCCCGUUUAGAUUUUCAAAAUGCGGAGAAUUUUAUGAAAAAAUAUGGUAAUAUUUUAAUAGAAAAAGAACCGCACGAAAGUACGCAGUUCUUAAAGAGAUUGUGUACUAAUUAUAGACCCGUUGAUAAAACUGAUGGCAUUUUAAAUGGGAUAACAGAAUUAAAUCAAAAUGCUGAUGCCGAAGAUUACAUUCAUUUAUUUUUAAACAAUUCCGAAAGACUUGUUGAGUUUUUGGAGUACCUUAUAUCUGAGGGUUGUGUUUUGAGUAGCCCUGUUUAUGAUACCCUUAUAGAGCAUUACUUGCAUGUGUGGAGCGCCCUCGAAGCAGGCCCUGAAAAGGCAAAGUAUACACAGAAAAUUUUGAAACUCCUUCAGACAUUGGAAGUUAAAUAUGACAAACCUCAGGCCCUUGUUGUUUGUCAUAUGCAUGGAUUUAGCGAAGGGAUAUUUUAUUUAUAUGAGGAGCAAAAAUUAUAUCCGCAAAUAUUAAGGUAUCACGUUUCUAAAGGAGACGAAAGUGCAGUCUUAGCCUGUUGUAGAAGAUUUGGUCAUCAGGAACCGUCUCUUUGGGUUCAGGCUCUUUGGUCUUGCGUAAGGGAGUCUAAUAGUCCUCUAAUUGACAUUUUACCAGAGAUUUUAACAGUCAUAGCGAAAGAACGCCUUCUAUCUCCUCAGCAAGUGAUAGAGGCAAUUGGAAUUGCAAAGUCAGAUGUUACUUUGGGUCAUAUUCGUUCCUAUAUUACCAAUGAACUGCAAAAAGAGCACGAUAUAAUUGAAAAUAAUACUGAAUUAAUUGACAAAUAUCAAACAGAUAUAGAAAAGUUAAAACAGCAAGUAGAGACUUUAAAAAAUGGAGUGGUGGUUAUUCAGGGAUCUAGAUGUGCUGCAUGUCACCAUCAAUUGGAACUACCAAGUUUGCAUUUUCUUUGUCAGCACAGCUUUCAUCAUCAUUGUUUUCAGAGUUUCGCAGAAAAUGAGAAUGAAUGUCCCGCUUGUUUACCAGAAAAUAAAAAGUUAAUUGAACUAUUGAAAUCGAGAGAAUAUAAUAAGGAUUUGCAUGAAACAUUCCAUUCCCAGUUAGAGAAGGCUAGCGAUGGAUUCUCACUGGCUGCCGAAUAUUUUGGACGUAGCGUUUUCAAUAAAAUAACAGUGAUUACAGAUGAUGAAACAGAAAAAAUAUUAUCGCGAGCUAAAAAAUAUGAUGGUUAUAAUCAGUAUAAUGUUUUAAAAGCUGGAAAUAGAAUUGAAGAAUCUGCUAAAUCCAAUUAUGGGCCUAGCGCGGAAGCUCGUAUCAGGCUAUCAGAAAAUAUUAGGAAUACACCUAAAAUUAUUUCCACUUCUGAAGGAAAAAUGAGACUGCAGGAGCAUCAGUAUAGUCAGUCUUUGGAAGCGAAUAUAACAAAAUAUGGCACUCGAGGGUCAUCUAGUAAGAAGUCUGAAAGUGAUUCGCAAGUUAUAGGAAAGAAUCCAUUUGAAGAUGACUAUGAUGAUAGUAAAAAUCCAUUUACCGAUGAUGAAUUUGAUGAAACAAAUCCAUUUAGCGAUCAGUACGAUAAAAACUUAAACCCUUUUGAACCGUAAACGUAAUUUUUAAUGUACACCAUUUUCAUAUAUAUUCAUUAUUAUUUGCAUUGUAUAAAGUAUAAAGUAAGUAUUAAUUAAAGAUUAAGGAUAUUUGCUUAUAUGGGUGUUCUAUGAUGAAUAUGAAAAAUGAA